AUGGAAUGGGAGCGGGAACACGACCACACCCAAGGAGUAAGACUAAUGCUGGCGCCAGAGGCUAUGAGAGCGUUGAUAGCAUGGGAACCUGUCUCACCCAGACUUAUGGCAGCGAGGUUCAACUCAAAGGGAAGGAAGACCACCAUUAUCCAGUGCUACGCAUCCACAAACACAGCCCAGGAAGAGAAGAAGGAAGACUUCUACAGCUCUUUGCAGUCCCUUCUAGACCGUACUCCGCGCAGAGACAUAAACAUUGUCAUGGGCGACUUGAACGCUAAGGUGGGCGAAGACAACACAGGCAAUGAACUCCUCAUGGGCAGACAUGGCGUAGGUACCUGCAACGAGAAUGGAGAGCUGUUUGCAGACUUCUGCUCUUUAAAUGACCUAGUAAUAGGUGGCACAAUCUACCCCCAAAGAAGGAUCCACAAGAUCACUUGGACUUCACCUGAUGGGAAGACGGAAAACCAGAUUGACAAUUUCAACAUUGGCCGAAAGUGGAGACGAAGUAUCCUGGACGUCAGAGUAAGAUGCGGCGCUGACGCAGCCUCCGAUUAUCAGUUGCUAGUGGCAACACUGAGGACCAAGCUGAGAUCCGUCUGUGGCUCUUCAGGAAGAGCAUACCACAAAUACAACAUACAGUUUUUAAAGGACAAAACGAAAGCGGAAGAGUUCAACUGUGCAGUCAAGAACAGGUUCGAGGUGCUGGUAGAGUUCGGCGAAGAGACAGUAGAGUUCCACUGGACAGAGAUACAGAAGACCUGGAAGGCUAUAUGCACCAUAGUUCUGGGGAAGAAAGUGAGGGAGCAGAAGAACUGGAUGACGACGGGAACAUGGGAGAAGAUAGAGAAGAGGAGGGAGCUGAAACAGAAAGUAAACAGAUGCGGUGACCAACAACAGAAAACUGACCUCAGAGCACAGUAUUGGGAGGCGAACCAGGAAGUGAAGAAAAGCGCAAGACAUGACAAAAGGCAAUUUGUACACGACUUGACAGAAGAGGCAGAAACAGCAGCUAAGCAGAACAACAUGAAGAGAGUCUACGAGAUUACCCGGGCCUUGUCAGGGAAGAGUUUCAAUCCGAGUAAGCCAGUCAAAGACAGGAAUGGGAGAACCAUCACACGUGAUGAGGGGCAAAGAAAAAAGAUGGACGGAACAUUUUGA